AUGGCACCAGCCCAAAAAAAACAGGAUCGGCACAGAUUGCUCUGGCAGACGCCUAUGGCGAAGGCGCUGGGAGCCUUCACGUGUACCGAGGGGUUGGUUCUCUUCUGCGACAACGACCCGAACGUCAAGAUCGCGGAGUUUCAUGCAUGGCUCAAGCAGCGGCAUGGUGUCGAUGUAGAGGCCUUAGGCGUGUGCGUGCGCAGCGAUGACCAUGGAGGGCUUGGGCUUUACGCAACCCACAGCAUUGAACCCGGUGAACGGCUCGCAGAGAUUCCAAUCACUGCCCUGCUGACAGCCAAAGCGGCCAAAUGUGCUUGGGCCUCCCGGAGCGGGGUCUUCCAGCGAGCGCUAGAGGUGGCGGAGGGGGAGGAGCUCUUGUGGCUCUACAUGAUUUGGGGCCGCCAGGAGCCCAGCUGUAAUUGGCAUCCGUACUUACAGCUACUUCCCAGAGACGACCCUUUGAGCUGGCUGCGAAAUCCGGAGGCGCUGCAGUGGUUACGAGGCACACCCUUGGAAGGUUCAGACAAGGUGUUGAAGAUGCAGCAGCAGAGACAUGAGCGGCUGAGAGAAAUUUUGGGAGACCUGGCCGGGAGCUUUGAGGAUUGGCUCUGGGCCAGGCAUUGUUACCUGUCGAGGAGUUUCGACCAAGCCGCUUUCCCCAGGUCCGAAGAUUGGGGUUCUGCUGCCAUGGUUCCACUCUUGGACUCCAUGAAUCACCAUGCAGAUGCACAAGUGCAGGCACGCUAUGGAGAGGAGAUGGCAGGUUUGUGGCUCCCCAACUUCAAAAAUUCCAAUCCCUACAACCCGGGCGACGAGGUUUUUCACCGCUACAAGAGGUGUGCGGACAACGGCACCCUGCUGCUGAGUUAUGGAUUCUGUGUACCCCAGAAUCCCCAUGACCAUGUCGACCGUGUGAUUUUCGAGAAAGACCCUGGUGUUUCGCUGGCAGCGCUGGAGGCAGCGCUGCCGUUGCCGCCCGAACGCUUGGCGGAUGGCCGGGUGCUGAUACCUUUGGAGGAGGCCUUGACAUCGACCCUGGCGGAGCCUUCGGAAGAGCUGCUGCGUGCGGCGGCGCUGGUGAAUGGACAGGACUAUGAGGAGAACUCAGCCAGUUGCCAUAAGAAGGCACAAGUGUGCCAUUGGCUUCUGAAAGCUUUGCGUGCAAUGAUGCAGUCAACCGCCUUUGAGGUGCAUCCGAAGUUCAUGGCCAUGGUCAACUCGUCGGGCACUUUGGGCCGCUUCGCGAGCCGCGUGGCGCGUCAUCGCCUCAAGGUUCGCCAUGACUCACUGGGCAUCUCGGUGCUUCCCAGCAAGGGCCAUGCGAGCCGUGCGGCGGCGGAGUACGCGCUAAGUCACUUCCGGAUCUUACACCGAGUAGCUACGAAUGACUUGCCGAACAAAAGCAACACCACGGCCUAUGGCUGCGUGACGAAGUGCUUGAAGAACCUGUCGGCUUUGUGA